AUGUGGUUAGUUAGCCAGCCCAAUUCUGUGAUUUUGGAAGUCAAAGUGGAACCCAAUGCAAUUGGACAAGACUGCCUUGAAAAGGUAUGCGAGAAACUGGAGAUCGGUGUCGAAGCGGACUACUUCGGCCUCCGCGUAUCUCCAGGAUCUGGCCCCGGCAGAUGGCUCAACCUGAGGAACCCUCUCGACCCACACCGCAUCCCCGGAGGUCGACUCGACCUCCGAGUAAAAUUCUGGGUGCCCCCACAUCUCCUGAUAAACGAAGCUACCCGUCACCAGUUCUAUCUCCACGCCAAACUCGACCUCAUUGAAGGAAGACUGGUCGUAGCAGAUCUAGAAGUAGCUCGGAAAAUCAUCGCCUACAUAGCUCAGGCAGAGACAGGAGAUUGCGAACGGGAACUGCCACCAACGCACAUAUACGAAGAGUGUGACAAAAUUGGUCCACAAGGCGAGCGACCAGAAGAUCAUGUCGACAAAAUCAUAGAAUACCACUGCCAAAUAGCCGGGAUGAGAGCUUCUCAGGCGGAGUACAGAUUGUUGAAAGAAAUAUCAGAGUUGGAGUCAUUUGGGGAGGAAUUGUUUUUCUGCAAGCCUGUCACCAUAAACAACAACGCUCACAACCUGUACAGCCACCUGCUGUACCACAGGCAACAGGCGGAAGAGCCCAGAGCGAGGGAUGAGCAGGAGAUCGACGGUGGCGCGACAGUAGGCUGCUUGACGUCAGGACAGAGUGGAGGGGGCUGCGGCUGCAGGCUGAGCACGUGUGUGGGAGUAGGACCACACGGCAUCGUCGUCUACAGACCAGCCUGCAAUGGAGAACAAGAAAUUGGAGUCGAGAAACAAAGCAUCGCAUACACCGCCAUCCACCGCGCGCAACCAUUCCGGCGCAACUUCCAAAUGUCGUUCGUAACGGACGAGGGCAAUGAAGCAACUCUUCACAUCAAGAUGGCCACGUCUGGGCAGGCAGCGGCCCUGUACCGCGCAGUGACGGAGAAACAUGCCUUCUACUACUGCGAGACUGUCCGAACUGCUGUCACUGAGCAGUUCACUAGAGAUCUGAAGGGCACAAUAGCGUCAAUCUUCAACGACUCGACGACUCUCGGGCGGCGCUAUGUGUUUGACAUCCGACGCACGUGCCGCGAGGUGUACGACCGCGCGCGCCGCGCCGCGCAUGCGCAGCAACACUCCGCCGCGCCGCACGACUCGCGCACUCGACGCCGCACUGCCUCGGGCUCGGAACACAAGGAGUCCCGGUCUCGCUCCCACAGCGGCGGGUGUCGCGCGGAGGCGCUGGCGUGUCGCGUGUGUAUGGACGAGCCCAUCGACACUCUCUUCCUGCCCUGCCGACACGUCGUCUGCUGCGAAAAUUGCGCUCCCAGAUGCAACCGCUGUCCGCUGUGUCGCAGCGAGAUAGAGAAGUUAAUGCACAUAUUCCUGCCGUGCGACUACCCAAAGAGUCCCGGCCUAGUGAAAUGA